AUGACCCUGAGUGGCACGAGUCCAGCGGGCAACAUCACUCCACGGCUCGACGAUGAUGCGUAUUCGGUUCAUGCUGGCUUACUGAAAGCACCACUCCGGCACACCACCACCAACUACUCGUCGGCGAGACUGCCAGUCUUCCCAAAUCUGACAACUGCCGCAAACAAGUCUUCAAGGUGCUCCGCAUUGCAGCUCUGUACCUACUGCAACGACAUCACGAAAGGCCACCAGCGCCGUUGUUUCGUUUCUCCAUCCUCAAAUCCCACCACGUUCCCAGCCAUGUUCACCACCAAGUCGCUCAGUGCGAUCAAAUAUGCCAUCCAUCAGCCCUUGCCGCUCUCUUCAAAGGAGUCGAAGAAGCUUCUCAACGUCCUAAAGACUUCCUUCCGCCAGAACCUCGAUAGAGAGCAUGGCUAUGGCCCCGAAAAUGCCGAGUCCUCCGCCUCGAAGACAGCUUCCAAACAAGGCUCCACCUCUCAUAUCGAGCACCGCCGACCGACGGACCGACAUCUUCGCGCCAUUCUCUCCAACCCGCUGUUCAAGAGCAGCAUCCAGCCCGACAAUGCGGCGCUCCCCAACCCUCGAGACCCAAUGGACGUUUUCGACGAGGCCGUAUCGCGCGGCAUGAUGACGAGAAAGGCGGCGACUGGCUGUCUGCGGACGAAGCGUCAGAAAAUCCUGCAGUCGAGCGCUCUUUCGGUUCAGGACGCCAUGCGGGCAUCCUCGACAGGCCUAAGGGUCAUUCAGUGGCUCAGAUCGUCUGGCGCCGAACGGACACUCGACUUUCUCGCAGAUCGUCGCUUCGUCUCGGAGCUCAUACCAUUCAUGGUCGCCGAGGGGCUCGAGGAGGUGGCAUGGGGGUGGGCUGACCGGAUGGUUCGAGGCGAAGGCCCGAAAGAGGAGAACAGCAGGAUUGCGGAAUCCCUGAUCACCAGCUUGGUAUUAGACAAGUCACACGUCGACAGUAGCCUCGACACGGCCUUCUCGACGAUACUCAGAGCGGACGCGACAUGGAAGGCGGAUCCCCAGUUGCCUCAAAUUCUGCUGCGUCCUUGGCGCCUGCUCUCCUGGCAGUCGACCGUUGACGCAUGGAAGAGACCGCCGCCUUCAUUUGCACUAUUCGAGUCGUACGUCGAGACCGCCAACCACAUCCAAAAACCGUUGCGGCUGGACCGCGCUCACUUGGCUCUGCACCAUCCCACCAGCCCCAGUUAUGAACGUGCUGUGCGCUACAUUCAAGACCAGCCUCUGACCACCUUUGAGUCCAACAAAAACCUGGUCACGAGGAUAAUCUGCAUGGGCAUGGAUGCCGUUGGCUUCUUGACGAGGAUUGGUCGGACCGACGAGGCCAUACACCUUUUACAAUUACUGCAAUCCAAGUUCUCGAAAGAAGUCUGGCAAAAACACCAAUCUCGUGGUGUUGCAUUUGUCUGAGAGGCUCCGGCACACGGAAGCCACGACAAUCACACCACUCCACCCUCGCCCCGAUUAGCGAGUGCUGUCCCCUAUAUCGAAAGGUCAAUCAGACGAUCAGUCCGACGUCUUCAUCAGACAGCCCUUUGCCUCGGGGCAGGAUAUCACGGUUUCGCUUUGGACAAUGUCGAAUAUUUCCGUGUCUGCCUGGUAUACGUCUAGGAUAACCAAGGCGGCGGCACGGAGUGGCUGCCCGGUUGCUACAGGCGGCAGAAGUGUCCAACUCGGCCCAUCGUGAACCCCCCUAUCGCAGUCAUGCUGCCUUAUGCGAGAAACACGACUCACGGUUCAUGGUCGUUACACUCAUUUUGUAUAAAUUUAGAAGAUACCCGCAAAUGCACAACCCAUUCCAAAUCAUACCUCAGAUCAGUAUCUCCGAUGUUGAACUGACUACGCUCU